AUGUCCAUAAAGGAGGAUGAUGUUAAGAAUGAUUCUGAUAAUGAUUUGGGUGAUGAUUUCGAUUAUCAACCAAAUGCAGAAGAUGAUGCUGAUGACGACGAUGUGGAUUCGCUGGAUUCCACUAGCAAGAGUGAAGAAGUUUGUGGUGUAAAAAGAAUAGCGGAUUUAAUGGUGGAGGAUAUUUGGAACCUGGACUUUAGGACUGAGGAUGAGGCUUGCCAAUUUUAUAACGCUUAUUCUUGUUGGCAUGGAUUUGUAAUGAGGAAGGACGACGUGGUUAGGGAUAAUCAAGGUAGAAUCAUUAGCAGGCAACUUGUUUGCAACAAAGAGGGCUGGAGAAAUAUGAGGUAUCUUGAUAUGGAUGAUAGAUCAAGGGAGGCAAGGUCACUAACGCGAACCAAGUGUCCAACUCGGCUUAGGGUAAAGCUUGACUACGGCUGCAGUAGAUGGAAGGUAUCAUGUUUUGUGGAAUCUCACAACCACGAUCUGACACCACCCCAAUUUGUGCAUCUGGUACCGGCCAAUCGUCGUCUAACUGUCACUGAUAGAGUCCAAGUGGAAAAUCUUCAUAAUUUUGGUGUCAAGAGCUGCCACAUUAUGGGGUAUAUUGCAUUCCAAAAGGGUGGAUAUCGUCAUGCUGGCUUCACACGGAAAGAUUUGUACAACCACAUCGAUCGCUAUCGUCGGGCAAAAGUUAAAAACGGGGAUGCCAAUGCGGCAAUAAACUAUUUGAUUGACAAGUCAAACAACGAUCCGAUGUUCUUUGGAAAGUAUACGUUCACUAGUGACGAAAGGCUGGAGCAUAUUUUUUGGGCAGAUGGGCAGUCAAUUAUCGACUAUCACUGCUUUGGAGAUAUUGUUGCCUUUGAUUCAACCUACAAGAAGAAUAAAUACAACAAGCCUUUGGUCAUUUUCUCUGGAUGCAAUCAUCACGGGCAGACUGUUAUCUUCGGCUCCGGCCUACUAUCCGACGAGACCACAGAGACGUAUAAGUGGUUGUUGGAAACCUUUGUAGAAGCGAUGGGUGGGAAAAGUCCAAAAGCAGUAAUAACUGACCGAGACCUUGCCAUGCGAAAUGCAAUCAAGAAUAUUCUGCCUGAUGCGACCCAUCGGUUAUGCGGAUGGCAUCUGCAGAGAAAUGCAUGUGAAAAUAUAAAGAAUCCUAAUUUCCUGCGCGAUUUUAAGGGUCUUAUAUACGACAACAACGACCACAGAGACUUUGAUUGGAGAUGGGCAGCCAUUUUGGAUAAGCACAACCUUGUUGGCAGUACCUGGAUAGAAAAGAUGUACGAAACUCGUGAGAUGUGGUCCCAUUGUUUCCUCCGGGAUAAGUUUUUCGGUUACAUAAGGACGACAUCACAGUGUGAAGGUAUAAAUUCUCUCAUCAGAUUCUAUGUUAAUCGCAAGAACACCCUCAUUGACUUCAUGCAUAACCUGGAUAGGGCCUUAAAGGAGUAUAGAAACAACGAAUUAAUAGCUGACUUUAAGUCUCAGUGCUCAGAGCCAGUGAUGAUUACCUCGUUGGAGGUAUAUGAAAGAUCUGCAUCAUGUUAUUACACGCGAAACAUUUUCAAGGAAAUUCGUAAUGAGAUUCAGAGGGCAGGGGCUUUGAAUAUAAUGGUACUAAGCACAACCUUGGACAAGGUAGAGUUCAGUGUGACUGCUCUCGGAGACCCGGCCAGAGAUUGA